AUGGUGAAACCAAUUGUCACAGAAAAUGCCCUGAUUAAGGGGAGCCGUGUCGCUUAUGGCGUUUACGGCACUGGAAAGCCAGUCGUCCUUAUCCACGGAACACCGUCCUCAUCCCUCAUUUGGCGCAAUAUUGUCCCAAAGCUUGUCGAUGGUGGCUACAAGGUCCACGUCUUUGACCUUCUUGGCUUCGGCCUUUCAGAACGCCCAUGGGACUCAACCGUGGACACUUCAAUGACAGGCCAGGUCGCAAUUUUAGAGGGCCUUUUGGAGCUUUGGGGUUUGGAAAAGAUUCAUAUCAUUGCCCAUGAUAUUGGGGGCGGUAUAUCACAACGCUUCGCCGUAUUCUCGCCCGAGAACGUUUUAUCUCUGACUCUUAUCGACGUCGUAAGCUUCGAUAGCUACCCCUCAAAGCGGACCAAACAGCAAAUGCAGAAUGGCCUUGAAGCCCUGACUAAGACAGACAGUGACCAACACAGAGCUCACUUCAGAGAAUGGCUCUUAUCCGCCGUCAAGAAUCCAGACAAGCUUGAGAAGUCAAGUCUCAAUGCAUAUCUGGACUAUAUCUCGGGACCCAUUGGACAACCUAGUCUGUUUGAGCAUCAAGUUCGACACUAUGACCCGAAGCACACGUUAGAAGUGGCGCCCCGUCUCGGUGAACUCGGGAAACUACCUGUGCAGUUGAUCUGGGGUGCUGAUGAUGCAUGGCAGGUGGUUGAUUGGGCCUACAAACUUCACGAUGCUAUUCCUGGGUCAGAACUGCUGAUUGUGAAGGAUGCUGGCCAUUUCUCUCCUGAGGAUCAACCAGAGAAGAUAUCGGAGCUUCUCAUUAGCUUUCUAGGGAAACAUUGA